AUGAAGUCUCAUGCGGUGGUGGCAUCUAUUUCAAUUUAUCACACCACAGGGAUCAUUAUUGUUGAUACUUCUAAGUUCUCUUUUGUUGGAUCAUGUCCGGAGGCAAUGUUUCGUGAGGUGCUUGAAGCUAGAAAAAUCCUUGAAGCCUACAGGGAACUUUUUUCUUUAGGGUUUCGUCCCUUAACUCAAGAGAUGAAAUCCAUUAUUGCGGAAGCAGACAAGCCCAAGAAAGGGUGGGGGUCAAAAAGGUGGGAAGAAAGUAGGAAAGAAACAAGAGGGGCAAGAGGGUCCAUCUACUCAAACUCAAGCUCUAAAGAAACGAAAAGGUCAGACUUGUUCACCUACACCAAAGAGUCUGAUACUCAAUCAGAUGUUCGCCUUGAGGAGGAUGACCCUGUUCGCAAUGAAGAUGUUACAUCGAACCCUGAGGUAACUCCAACUUACAAUGAUUUCUUUCGAUCUCCUCCUCAUUCACCCAAAACCACAACCACUACCACACCAAUAACUGUUGCACCUUGUCCCCCACCAGUCUCUUCUCAAACACUGGGUAGUAUUCUUUUAUCUACACCAUUAUUUUCUGAUUCCAUUGCUCCACCAACACCAUCUAUAGAACCUCAUGUUGCGGUCAAAGAAUCUAAUGCAACGAAUAACACUUCAGGUUUUAAAACAACUCAUAUCUCUCUACCCAUUUCCCUACUUCGCCAAGACGACCCGGAUAUGAUUUAUGGAGAUGGUGAAGAUGACUUCACAGGAUUCACCUUUAGUCCAUUCACUAUCAGGAAUGAGAGUGAUGACGAAGCUCCUGUCAUGAAGGGGCAACUCCAAGCCAUCCAUGAAAAACUUGAUUCGUUACUUCAUGCUUCCAAGCCUUUAUCAACGGAAUAA